AUGUUGGUGAUGGGAGCUACCACUUCGCAGCCACCACCACCACUCAUUCUCUACACAGAUGCUCUCUCUGGACCAACCUCUGGAGGAGAAUUUGGUUUGGGUUGCUACUUGUCCAUCUUUGGACGAAACUUUGGAACUCCAUCUGGAAUGGGUACAACAACCAAAGUGUUCAUUGGUGGCUAUGAGGUUGCCAAUUACCGUUAUUUGGGUAAUUCCACCGUUGCUGACAAGUUGGGCAUUCAACAAUUGACUGUUCAAGUUGGGUCAUUGGGAGGUAAAUCCAAUGUCAACGUCUCUCUUCCUGUUGUGGUCUCUGUGAAUGGAGUUUCAAGCAAUAAUAAUCAAAAGUUCAUUCCUACCAAUGGAAGUGUCCUAUUUGUGGCCCUUAAUGGCUCUGACAGCACUGCUGCUUACAAUGACAUUAACAAACCAUGGCGUUACUUGCAAAAUAUGGCUGCCUAUUCGGGUGCUUACUUUGCCAUGAGUAAGGGAGAUCAUGUAGUGAUUCGUGGAGGAGUUUGGAUCGAUUGUAAUGGUCUCAAUACCAAUUGGAUUCAAGGAAGUCGUGAACCUUACACUCGUGCAGGUACUCCCUUCGAAUGGAUUCAUUUCACAGCAUAUCCAGGACCUAUCAAUGGUAAUGCCAUUGAAGUGGUUCGUCAUUCCACACCAGCUGGAAAGUCAGGAUCCAUUGCAGGUCCUGAGAGUGCAGUUCCAGAGAUGGAUCAACACACUGCUGAAUAUUGGUCCAUUUCCAAUCUUCAUAUGGAUGUGAAGGCAGGAGCUGAUCAAGAUGCUGCCCCCAUUAAUUUUCAAUAUUCUCAAGGGCCAUUUCGAGUGGUGAACAAUGAGUUGGGUCCAUGGAUUGCUGGAAGUUCACCUAUCUUGAAUGCUGGAGGAAUUGCUGGUGCAGGAUAUAAUACAAAAAUUUUGGGAAAUCAUAUCAUGCAUAUUGAGGGAGUUAAUGCUUAUCAAAAUCAUGGUAUUUAUGCUGAUCCCUAUUCCUCAAAUUGGGAAAUUGCUUACAAUUGGAUCCAUGACACCAUUGGAGGAUCUUCCAUUCAAUUCAACGAUGCAGGAGGCUACAGCAAUACCACCGACCGUUUUGGUACACUCUGGAUUGGAUUUGUUGGUAUGAAUAUUCAUCACAAUUGGUUGGAGAAUGCUAAAAAGUAUGGAAUCAAUUUCAGUGAUCAGCAAGAGACUCAAACAGGACGAUACGAUGCCAAAGUUUGGAAUAAUGUCAUUAUCCAUACAGAACUUCCUCCAUUGAGAAUCAAAUCUUCACAACCUCAACAAGAACUUUGGUUUGCUUACAAUACUUUAUACAAUUGUUUUACUGCAUUUUCUGGUUCUGGUAAUGCAUAUGUGAGAAGUGAGGCGUUGGGUUCUGGUCCUGGAGUGAGAAACAAGUUUUACAACAACAUUUUUGCAUUUGGACCUUCAACUUAUUCUGAAACGGAAUACAUGUAUGAUCUUGGUUCUGGAAUGGGUUAUGUAGGCAUCACUGAAGCGACUUCCCUUAAUUUAGACAUUCUUUCGACAAGUGCUGCUGUGAAUAACGGAACAAAAGCAUUGCCAAAUGGAUUCGUUGUCACAGAUGAUUUCAUGAAUCGUGUUCGAACCUCACCAUUCGAUAUUGGUGCAUUUGAAUAUGUAAGUCCAAAUUCACCACCUCCAGUGACAAGUCCAGUGGUGUCUCCAAAACCAGGCACUUCCACAAAACCAAUUUCCUCACCAACACCCAAACCAUCUACAAAGGUUUCUCCCAAAACAUCUCCAAAAACAUCACCAAAGUCAUCAAGAAACGUCGCAAGAGCAAGUGCAGGUUCAAUGACAGUACAAAUCUGUUACUUAGUGGCCAUGAUUGCAACGGUGAUGCAUUGUUUGGCGCUGUAA